AACGUGUUACUUUGUAUACCUUCUCAUUCUAAUGCGAAUUUUCCACAUCAAUUUAUAUCAUUUCAUCAAGGCAGCGAUGAUGCAGCUCCCCUCCAUUAAAAGAAGGAAAUUCACCCCCCAUAGGCAGUUGCCCAAAUACUCGUUACAGACGCAUUUCCUCAAACGGUUGGCGUUCUUCAUAUAUAGCGCUUUACCUCAGGCGAUUCUACAAUGGCCAAUGCAAGCGAUGAGUUCAGGCUGGUAUCUUCAGGCUUCAAUCAUGAGGGUAGGUUACCUAGAAAGUACACAGACGAAGGGCAGGGAGCUAUGAGGAAAAUUUCGCCGCCAUUGGAGUGGUACAAUUUGCCUCAAGGGACGAAGAGCUUGGCCUUGGUGGUACAGGACAUUGACGCUCCGGAUCCCAGUGCACCCCUCGUGCCCUGGGUCGUUUGGGUGGUCACGAAUAUUCCUCCCUCGCUGACCGGGUUGCCGGAAGGGUUUUCGGGUAAAUUUGAAGAGCUGGACGGCGAUGGCGGCGGCGAUUUUUCCAAAAUUAGGGAAGGCAAAAACGACGACAAGGUUUUCGGGUGGCGCGCGCCUAAGUUGCCCUCGCAUGGCCACCGUUUUGAGUUUCGCCUUUUUGCCGUUGACGUUGAAGACCUUCAUCUUGGAAAUAAGCCUACCAAGGACAAACUCCUAGAGGCAGUGAAUGGUCAUACACUUGCAGAGGCGGUUCUGAUUGCCAAGCCCUGAAAGUCUGAAAUGCCCAUUUUGUCUAAAAACUCUCACACUCUAGAUUUUUACUUUUUUGUUUUUGUUUCUUUAACCUACACUUUAUCUGUAAAUCUGUAAUAAUGUGAAAUAUAACCAAGAUAUACUAUAGUUAAAGUUUCUUUCCGGAAUUUAUAGCAGUUUUGCAGGACGAAAAUGACUGAAAUUAAGGAAUUUGAAGUUGUUAUGAAAAUGAUAUAAUGAAUCCAGAGGAUGAAUGAAUUGAUUUGCUUAAAAACUGUAUGAAAAAAUGGUUAUGAAUAGAUUUAAGAAAAUGGGUAAUAUCUUAUAGAACAGAAGUGAAAAAAAAUAAACACUGCAAAAUUAUCAGACUAGUUGAAAUGUAUCUGGCUUGAUUGCUUGAAGAACAUCAUCCAAGUUCAAAGUCUAUGGGGAGAAUCAAUAUAUGUCAUUCUCGAAGACAGAAUCCAGAAGGGGUGAUGCUUGAUGUUUUGAUAUUGCCCCCCACUGAUAAUGCCUGCUGGCUGCAAGCCUGCGGGGUUCUGCUUCCCUUAUACGCGCUGCAGAUAUAUGCUUCAAAGUUUUCAUAAUCCUGCAACAGAAGCUAGGAAAACAAUGAAAGAUAUAGAGAUGGAGUAGAGGGACUAACUUCUUGAAGAGGCUGAUUAUUCACCAGAACCCAUGGCACAAACCUGUGAGUGGGGUUCAGACUAGCUGUCUCAGCUGCAUAUCCCUGUUCUAUCUGCAGUUUAAAAAUUCACUCACAUGACACAUUGAUCUCAUUCAUAUUUAUUUCUGUUUGAACUUUUAAUAUAAUUUCUAAAUAAAGAAAUUUUAUUUAUCAUUUUACCAAUACUGAUCCAAAUGUUGAUAAUAUAUACGUAGUACAUUUUUAUUUUGGUUUCAUAAACUAUGGUUAGAAAAGAUUGAAUGUGGUCAAUUCUGACAAAUGACAUUUAAAAUACUCAUAAAAAGUACAUACAGACUUCUUUUGACAUUGGGGUUUGGUUCUGUUUCAUGCAUGUUUUGUUCAAUUUUGUAUACAAGUAUACUUUAUUAAUCGGUUUGGUUUUAUUUGCAUAUAAUUCGUUUUCAAUUCGGAUUAGUUCAGAUUAGUUUUGUUCAGUUUAAGUGAGACAAAAGAUAGACCCUACUUCUGCUAUUAAACCGUUUAGGAAAGUGGUAUUUAAAAAAUACAAAAUGUAUAUAUGUAUAUAAUGUUACAAGCUACCAAAUGUGAAACCACCGCCCAAGAAAAGAAGUACGCAAAUAAACUAAUAAAAGAGAGAGAGACCAGGAUUCCAACUCCAUUGUUGAAGCAAUCCCUAACUGGAAUUUCACUCAAUCCUGUAGCAGCAAAGCAAGAUUUCCAGUCACUGUGCCUGUUCUCCAGAUGCAAAAGCUCUAUGCAAUAUACAAACCUGAAUUGCAUGAUUUCCUGCACCCAAACACCGUUUACAGCAAUAUGGUCAACAUUAUAUUACUAAUAGUGUGCAUGAGUUUUUAGUGCAGGCAAGGAGGUCUAUUUUAUUUACCAGAUUACUCCAUGAACUGAUAGCACAUGCUUCCACUAGAUUGAGCAGACACUCAUCAGGGCCAUGCUGGCAAAUCCAGCCAUUGUUAGGGGCUGUCUGGGUGUUUCCCCAAGGGAUGAGCCUGAGAUUGACAAUAGUCCCAAGAUCUGUGGUAAACAGCUUCACUAGCUUAUUGACAAUGAAGUUUGCACAGUAUGGACAAAGAGAUUCAUAGUACAGCGAUACGCUAACUCUGUCGUCCGAAUCGCUGCCUGUUGGAAACACCCCCGAAGGAUGAGGUCCUAUGUCUAAGGAACUAUGGGAUUGAAAGAUGAAGGAUGACACGUAAAAACACACAAACAUGGCUGUGUAGGUUCUCUUGGGAGGAGCCAUUUCUAAAUUCUGCUGUUUGGCCUUUUGUUACUAGCUAGCCCCGUUUUACUCUUGGGGAAUUGGGACUCUUCAACUGCAUGCAUGUCUCUAGCAAAGGGAAAGCCUGGGUUUAGUUGAUAAUUUGGUCACUUGAAAGGACGCUCAUGAGAUUGUGAGGCAGCCUAUUCAGCAAGCUCUCCAUUGAUAGGGGUGCAUGUCUCGUGGCCCAUUGAGAAUAUUGGGCUGCUCGUUGAUAAUACAAUAAUGGUUUAAAUACGUUUUUAAUCCUUGCAAAUAUGACACAAUUUGUUUUAAGUCUCUGCACAUUUUUUUUUUGUUUUUCAUCCCUGCAUUAUUUUGUUUUUAGUCUAUCUCUGAUUCUUAAACCGCUCUACUUACAAAAAAAAGUUAUUGUAAAUUACAUAAAUCUACUAGAAAUAUUUAAAUUCUUUCUUUU